AUGGAAAAAACUGUUCGAACCGAAAAAAGGAGUGAUCCCAAUAGUUUCACCAGAACAAGUAUUGAUUCCAACUUUCUCUCUCACCGACCUCGGACUCCUGACUUGAGUAUAUAUGUUUUGGAGCACAAUCCCAACAAGCCAGAAAGGAUCAGAGACGCUCUAGUCCUUCCAGGCUUAUUUUGGGUAAAGAUGCCCACAAUAGCUAGCUGUUGGGACCCGGCCCUGGCUUUACAAUUGGUGACACCACCCCACCGCACUGGCCGGUGCACCCCACGCCAAGUAAUUGACAACAAAAAAUACCGAUACAUCCGCAAUUAUGUCCUCAGCGACUCGGUGCAAGAUACCCUCCAGUUUCGGGCAACUGUGCUUCCAUUUACAUUCGAUUCCACUAACUAA